UAUAGUGAUCUGUGAACUACCCCAACUUUCUUUCUUAGAAUUGUCAUACAAAGACAGACAUUUGCUCUCUUUCUUCCACCUAAACAAAUCCCUACAAAAUUUCCACAACUCACACAGUGACACACACACGCUCAUUACCAAACAAAAGAAGGAAUUACAGAAAAUUUAAGAAUGCCCAUCAUCUUCCAAUAGAGCUCCAAUGAGAGCUUCUUCUUCCCUCACAAAUCAUCCAAGCAGCAACAAAACCCUAGAAAACAAAUUAAUGUCACCAUCAAGAAAGCAAGCCCUCUUCAUAUCAUCACUCAUCAUCCUAUGGUACUCAUCAAACAUUGGUGUUCUCCUCCUCAACAAGUUCUUGCUCUCCAAUUAUGGCUUUGGCUUCCCAAUCUUCCUCACCAUGUGUCAUAUGACAGCCUGUGCUGUCCUCAGCUACGUCUCCAUUAUCUUCUUGAAGGUUGUCCCUCUCCAGAGAAUCAAAUCUAGGUCUCAGUUCAUCAAAAUUGCAACUUUGAGCAUUGUGUUUUGUGCCUCUGUUGUUGGUGGCAAUAUUUCCCUUAGGUAUCUUCCAGUGUCUUUCAAUCAGGCUGUCGGUGCCACCACGCCGUUUUUCACAGCCAUGUUUGCCUAUCUAAUGACCUUCAAGAGGGAGGCCUGGGUUACGUAUGCUGCUCUUGUACCUGUUGUUGUUGGGGUUGUCAUUGCAAGUGGGGGUGAGCCAAGCUUCCACCUGUUUGGAUUUAUUAUGUGCAUAAGUGCAACUGCUGCAAGGGCCUUCAAGUCUGUUCUCCAGGGAAUUCUACUUUCUUCUGAAGGGGAAAAAUUGAACUCCAUGAAUUUGAUGCUGUAUAUGUCCCCAGUUGCAAUCCUAGUUUUAUUGCCUGCCACCUUUAUCAUGGAGCCUAAUGUUUUGCAUGUGACUAUAUCACUUGGAAUGGAACAUAGAUUCAUGUGGCUACUCCUUGCAAUCAAUUCAACAAUGGCUUAUUCAGCCAAUUUGUCCAACUUCUUGGUGACUAAGCAUACAAGUGCACUAACACUCCAGGUGUUGGGCAAUGCAAAAGGUGCUGUAGCUGUUGUUAUCUCGAUACUCCUGUUUCGGAAUCCUGUAACCUUUGUUGGUAUUGCUGGCUAUUCACUGACUGUUUUGGGGGUUGUUGCCUAUGGAGAAGCCAAGCGAAGAUUCAAAUGAUCUUCCACACAGCCAUUUUUUUUUUUCUUUUUCUCAUUUAACCGGCUCGAUAUUUUUUACCCUUAUAAGAGGGCAUCAGAUUCCAUCUGGAGAUGGACAGAUUUUGGAAGGGGAGAGAGACAGAUUCAUUUCACUGCUUUGUUGUAUUUUUUUAAUGCACACAAGCUUGUGUUUUGACACAUUAGAUUCGGUUGAUUUAUUCAGUUCUAAUAUAUAUUGUUGGUUUCUCUCCCA